AACAUAGAAUAAUAUACUAUAUAUGGACCACAGUAUAAUAUCGUAUUAUACAGUCUAUUAUCCCAUCACUAUACAUAAUAUAAAUCGGCCAGAUAGAUAGAUAGAUGGAUAAUGCUGCCUAAAACUGAAUAAUGAAUUAUACAUUGAACAGAAUUGAGGUUAACUUUAUUUCUUCAUUCGUUGGUGAGAUUCGUGGAGCCAAAUGGAAAAAAGGGGGGGGGUUGAGCAUCAUCAAGCUUGGUUGGUUUUGCGACGCCGUGAAUGGAUGCGCCGAGUGGUCCAUGCGUGAGUCAGAGACGUGACGCAGGCAGCAGGCGAGGAGAAGGACACAAGGCACAGCUUGCCAGCAGCAUCCAUUCAGCCCCCAUCGCCUUUCCAUUGCAUCGCACUCGGAAAGCUGCUGAAAACAGAGGACAAAUACUGAAGCACCGAGGCUUGUUUUCAGGCCCGCCCCAGCAGAGCAGCAUGACUAAAGACUCUAAAGAGGAGAGCGUGGAGGUGGAGGAGGCGCAGCCUGUCUCUGAGUUCACCAGCCCCGUCCACGAGCCCCGCAAGCGGCCCAUGGUGCACCCCUCCGCCCAGGCCCCGCUCCCCAAAGACUACGCAUUCACCUUCUUCGACCCAAACGACCCGGCGUGCCUGGAGAUCCUGACGGACCCCCGCACCACCAUCCCAGAGCUCUUCGCCAUCAUCCGCCAGUGGGUCCCACAGGUGCAGCACAAGAUCGACAUCAUCGGCAAUGAGAUCCUGAAGCGUGGUUGCCAUGUGAACGAUCGUGAUGGACUGACGGACAUGACACUCCUGCACUACUGCUGCAAGGCUGGAGCCCAUGGCGUCGGCGACCCUGCGGCGGCCCUGCGGCUGGUGAACCAGCUGAUCGCUCUGGGAGCGGACGUGAGCCUGCGCAGCCGCUGGACCAACAUGAACGCGCUGCACUACGCCGCUUACUUCGACGUGCCCGAACUCAUCAGAAUACUGCUCAAGGCCUGCAAGCCCAGAGUGCUGAACUCCACCUGCAGUGAUUUCCACUACGGUACGGCCCUGCACAUCGCUGCCUCCAACCUGUGUCUGGGAGCCGUCCAGUGUCUGCUGGAGCACGGAGCCAACCCCUCUGUCAGGAAUGAUAAAGGUCACGGCCCCUCUGACGUGGUGCCUGACCCCAUGGACAUGAGCCUGGACAAGGCGGAGGCGGCCAUGGUGGCCAAGGAGCUGAAGCAGCUGCUUCUGGACGCUGUGCCGCUGAGCUGCAACCUGCCACGCGCCACGCUGCCCAACUACGACAACAUCCCCGGCAACCUCAUGCUCUCCUCCCUCGGCCUCAAGCUCGGCGAGCGCAUCAUGCUCGACGACAUGAAGUUACCUCAAAAGACAAACAGCAGUGACGUCACCGACCCACUGCAACACCCCAAACAGGCUGGCACCCUCCGCUUCUGCGGCACCACAGAGUUUGCCAGCGGCCAGUGGGUGGGCGUGGAGCUGGACGAGCCCGAGGGCAAGAACGACGGCAGCGUCGGAGGGGUCCGCUACUUCAUCUGCCCCCCCAAAAUGGGACUCUUCGCUCCCGUCUCCAAAAUCAACAAGGUGUCUGACCAGACCCCCUCCUCCGUCACCUCCACCCCCAAGACCCCCCGCAUGGGCUUCUCCCGCGUCGCGGGCAAGAUAAAGAAGGACAAGAAAGAGAAGAAAGAGAGGGAGGCAGAGAAAGCCCUGAGGAAGAAGUCUCUGUCCAUGGCCAGCCUGGACCCAGAUGGGGUGAGGGUGGACCUGGGCGACCAGGUGCUGGUGGCCGGCCAGAAGAAGGGAACCAUCCGCUACUACGGAAAGACAGACUUUGCCCCAGGUUACUGGUUUGGCAUCGAGCUGGAGCAGGCGACGGGGAAGCACGAUGGCUCCGUGUUCGGGGUUCGCUACUUCAGCUGCCUACCCAAAUACGGCGUCUUCGCACCCCCCUCCCGUGUUCAGAGACUCGGCGGACCGAAAGAGAUAGAUGCCACACUGGUGAAGAAAGUUCAUCAAGUGACUAUGUCGCAGCCAAAACGUCACUUCAAUGCAGUCAGGUCUCCCAAAGACAUCACUUCUGAGAGUUCCAUGUCCAGGUUGCUUUUCUGCUGCUGGUUUCCAUGGAUGCUGCGUGCAGAGAUGCAGACCUGAACCAUCUCUUCUUUCUUUCCCCCAUUCCUCCCUCCCUGGAUAAAAAAAACAUCUCUUCUUUCUCUCAUCUCUCUCUCUCUCUCUCUCUCUGUGUAUCUAUCUAUCUAUCAGUGCUUCUUGUUCUAUCCACCCUCGAUCGGGAGUCGAUUUCCCCUCUUCUCACCUGAUCUAUCUAUCUGUUGGUGUCCCACCCCCUUUGAUUUCUGCUUCUCUCUGAAAACCAAUCAAACUGCAGUGUUCCCUCCCACUCCCCCUCCCCCCACCCGCCCCGUCCCUCGAUUGCAAUUCAAUAGCAAAAACUAGUGCCUUGUAUAUGAACUAACACCCUGCAUUCCGUUUGUUAAACUUAUGAGAACAAACAAACAAACAAAUACAACAGUUAAAAAAAAAUAGACUUGAAAGAUGCAAACCUUGGAAAAUAAUAACCUUACAAAAAGCCAUUUGUUUAUAAGUGACUCCAUCGUGAAUUCUUAACGCCUUCUGAGCACUGAGCUGGAUUGCAUUGGGCUUGAUAGCUGUAAAAGCUCUCUUAGUAGUUGCCAAAAACCACCUAAAGAACUUAGACCACCAGAAUAUGCUACAGCCAAUCAGAUCUUCUCUGAGGGCACCUCCAGGUUGCCAUGGCUCUCUCGCAUCCGUCUCCAUUGGCAACCUGCUCAUGAUGAUACCCAGAGAUCAGCUGUAUCUGGAACGGUCUGGUUCCGGUCCGCCGGACAGGUGCCAGAUUAGGGCCAGAACGGUUCUGGACUCAGGUGGUGUCUGAGUGUCCGUAGACUACAGUCUGCUUCAGUCUACCUGCUCCCUCUGCUUCUUUUUACAGUAUUCACAACCCUAGGAGUGUCCGGUAGUUCCACCAUUUUGGUCUCAAACUGAUCUCACUAGCUACUUUUCUAUGACUUAUUGUGUGCUCUGAACAUGCAACUCAAGUUAAUGAAACUAUUUAUCUUCUGUGUCAGCGUAUUAGACUUGUCAGUUUGUGAGAUGUACUGUAUGAACCUAUGAGGCAUUGUAGAACAUAAUCUACUAAACAAUAGCAUGCCAGGUAUGGGCAGGGAUUAAAAUAACAUGAAGUAAACAAUGUAAGACUAUACAGGGUUUUAACACGACUCACUGUUGCCCUCUCCUGGAAUAACAGUGAAACUGCAUGGGGUGUGCCAUGUGUACUGGAUCUUAGCAUCCCUGUGUGCAACCUCAUGUGUAGAAAUGCAGCACUAGAUAAUCACAGCUCACGGUCUCCUCCUGGAAAGCUUUAAGCCAAUCAGUUGCUCCUCUAUCCUAAUUAAAGAAAAAAACCUUUUUUGUGAACUCAGUUUUAAGCUCACAAUGUUCAGCUCUCUUACUGGAAGCAGGUUGAGUAGAGAGAGAGCUGUGGCGUACAUCGGGAGUCAGGACAAGUUGUAUAUGAGGUGUGUGAUGGACUGAGCUCCAUAGUGCAAGGGUCAAGGGUCAUGGACAGAAUCGAACCCCUUGAACCCUAGUUUUAGCCAAAACGUGGCAAAGGGGGAUUUCUGAAAGGACCCCGUACCAAAAAGUUGUGUGUAACCAAAAGUCUGCACACUCCCUUGUGUACUCCGCUCUUUAUGACAUCAUAGUCUCACACUAAACAGUCAGGAAGUCACCUGAACUUGUGGGACCUUUUGCAGGUAAACAAGGGAGCCUAGUUCUGUCCUAGAUGUACACACAACAGGUGAACACAGUGUGCCAAGCUACAUUUCGCUGUCGUAGUGUCGUGUGUCAUACACAUCCGCCAUUAGUGUUGGGCUCACGUGACAUUAGGUAGAUACUAUGUUUAAAACCCCAGGAAUGCCUGCUGACACAUCACAGCUGAUGUCGGUGUCCAAGCCUCAGAACCCACUCUCUGCUAACCCCUCUACUUAUCUCCGUCUCACUCCCUCUCUUUCAGUCUGUCUGUCAGACCGGAUAGGUUUUAUGAGUGUGUGUGUGUGUGUGUGUGUGCCUCUUCAAGACAAAAAUAAGUGGACAAAAAGAAGCGACAGUCCAUAGACUUCAAUACGUCCUACUUAAUGUCUAACUCAACAAGUAUGUUGAUAAUGACAAUAUUUAAUCUGUGUUAUCUUGGUAUGUGACUAUGGAUAGUGUCGUUUUUCAUUCCACUAUAUAUAUCAAAACUAAUAAUGGUAACACUCUGACAAAGGGUAAACACAUCGAGCGGAGGUGUACCACACUGGAAGCCUCUUUAGUCACAUCUGUGUCAUGAUCAUAUCCUGUUAACAGCACUGAGAAACUGCAAAAAAAAAUGAGUCACAGAGCACUAAAUUUGACAGCCUACUGAUGUCUAAAUUACUUCUAUGUGGCUUCAGUUGCUCUGCCACAACCUUUAUUCACAUUUACACUUUUGCGUUUUUGUUUUACUCCUUGUGAAGCUCUGGUUGUAGAUAUGUGUGAAAUCUGAAAUCAAUCACUUUACUCUGGUAAGAAUUUGAUGUGGCACCAAACAUUGAUCAAACAGAAUAGAACUCCUACUGUUUUUGUUCAUUCUUCAUUUUUGUAGUGCUUGAAUUUGUCAUAUAAGAGGUCCUGGAAUAUUAUUUACGAAUGUUUUAGAUGGAUAAUGUAAGAUGCUGUAUACUUUCCACUGUUUGAUGACAAAGUAGUCUGUUCAAAGUGUUAAGAGUGCGCAAUUCCUGCGACAUUCCAGGUCUGCAGUGUGUCUACGGAUAAAAUAGCUGUGAAGUUGCUCACUAUUGAAGCCGUUUGUUUCAGUUACAACUUCCUACUCACUUCAUCCUCAACCUUACCUAUUUAGAAAAUUAUGAAAUGUUUUAACGUUGUUACACUGUAAAUCGCGCAUUUCAUUCAGCUGUGAAGUUGGUCUGUACCAUUGCUUUUCAACUGUUCAGUUUUUCUUGUCUGAAAAAGAUAUAUUUUAAUAAUUUGAGGACAGACUUUUUUACGUGUUUAUGUUUCACCGGUUUCGAUAUCCAAAUCGAUGUUUUGUGUCUCAAUGAUUUCAGAUUUGUGGGAAAUGUAAAAGCUGGGUUAGUUACCGGUAUCAUAAACUAAUGCAUGCUCUUUCUCUCAUGAUAUAUCUUUUUCCAACUGUGUACCAGCAUGAAAAUGCUUAUAAUUAAUACCCUGACCGUGGACACUAAUAAAAGUUUGAUGUUGUUUUUCAAA